AUGAAUACUAUUACAUACGCCGUUAGAAAUUUAAAGAGCUGCAUAACACAAGUGGAGAAUAUGCAUUCAAGUGGUGCAACUGAAUUUGACAUUGAUGUUCUAAAGUUUACAAGCAAUGUCAACAUAUCUAUCCCAGAUACUCUUAACACUAAGAGCAAUACUUUCGGCUCUCCGACAUCACAAUCUCCGAAAAUGCCUUCAUUUUCAAUCAAUUUAAGUAGUGAUGAUGGCGGAUCAAGUUCACGUCCUAUUGGAUCGAAGAAAGCAAAACUCAAAAGGAAGACUAAGGUAAUAAUAUGGCAGCUGAUACUUUGA